AGAAGUCUCCCACUCCUGCGGCCCUGCACGGUGCUGGGAUCUGGAGUGGGCUGGGCACAGCGACUGCUCAUCAUGACGGACUGGAAUAGCACCAACUUCCAGCCUGCAACGUUCCAACUAGCCGGGUUCCCAGGCAUGGACGAUGCGAAUCACUGGAUCUCGAUCCCUUUUUGUGUCUUCUACGUCACUGCCAUGGUGGGGAAUUGCCUUGUUCUCUGCAUUGUCUGGAAAGAACAGCAUCUCCGCCAGCCCAUGUAUCUGUUCCUUUGCAUGUUGUCAGUCAACGACCUCGGUGUCUCACUGUCAACCCUGCCCACCGUGCUCGGCACCUUCUGCUUCCACUCCACAGCCAUCGCUUUCCACGCCUGCCUGGCCCAGAUGUUUUUCAUUCACUCCUUUUCCUUCAUGGAGUCGGGGAUUUUACUGGCCAUGGCGUUCGAUCGCUUGGUGGCCAUCUGUAACCCGCUGCGCUACGCAGCCAUCCUGACCCGGCCCAGGAUCAUGGGAAUCGGGCUGGCUGUUGUGGUUAGAAGCUUCAGCGUGGUGUUUCCAUUACCCUUUCUCGUUAAACGCUUGCCGUUCUGUCGUUCCAAUGCCCUCUCCCACGCCUACUGUCUGCACUCUGACAUGAUGAGGCUGGCGUGUGCAGACAUCUCAGUCAAUAAUAUCUAUGGCUUAUGCACACUUCUCUUUAUCUUUGGAAUAGACUUUUUGCUUAUUUUCAUCUCCUACAUUGUCAUUGUGACAACCAUCUUCCGUAUAGCCUCUGGGGGGGAACGCCUCAAGGCGCUGAACACCUGUGUCUCCCAUAUCUGUGCCGUGCUACUAUUCUACAUCCCAAUGAUGUCCGUCUCUGUGAUACACAGGUAUGCUAGGAAUGCCCCACCCCUUUUCAACACUCUGAUGUCCACGUUUUAUCUCUUCAUACCCCCUGUCUUAAACCCCAUAAUAUACAGCAUAAAAACCAAAGUGAUUCGAAAGAGCAUCCACAAAAUGUUCUCUAGGUAAUUAACCCAAACUGGAUGUGUGAAGAUUUCUAAGUACCUCUCUUUGGUUUGUAAGUAUAUAGAUGGAUGAAUGAGGGAUGGAUGAAUGAGGGAUGGAUGGAUGGACGGAGGGAUGGA